UUAAUUGCAUACCAAAAGUUCGUUGUAAAUUUUAGUAAUAAUAAUUAAAUAUGGAAUAUUUUCAGAAACGUAAAUUUACUAAAUACACUAUUGUUUAGUAUUGGUCUCACUACACAACUCCUUAGUUAUUGUAUGUUUUCUAUAAUGGUUGUGUAUGUUUAAUGGAACAAUAUAAAUACUUAUGUGUAGUUUAUUUUUGCAUUUAAUAUUUCAAUGUGUCAUAUCAGGUCACUUGUGUAUAAAUAAAAUGUAUAAAGUAAUUUCCAAUGAUUGCACAAAAAAAUGGAACCAGGCAAUACAGAUCGAUGCAAUCCGUCCCUAUAAAUAUCUGACGUCGUCCUAUCCAUCUCUUUUUAUCAGUAUUGAUCAUUUGACAUUCAUUUAAUUCAAAGGUUCUUGCUUAUAAUAAAAAUCAACUUCUCAUACUGUGCAUGUUAAGAAAUUUAUACGAAAAUUAUCAAAUUGAUUGCUGUUAUAUUUUCCCAGCUUUUAAUAAAUGAAAUUAAUAAUAAUUAAUAAUCACUUAACGACGUUUACUUUAAAUUAAUGUACAUUUUCAGAUUCAUCAUUAUGCAAGGUACUUAAUCAAUUUCUGUUUUAAAAAUCAUCUCACAUGACAAAAGCUGUACUGAUUAUAAUGUAAUAACUUACAUUUCAUGUGAUAGUAAAAGUAUACAUACGAAUAUUCCGUUGGUCCAUUCCCCCAAAAUUCCCAUCUAAAUUAUAGGAAUCACAUUUGUACCUAAUGAUCUUCUAAUAAUUAUUAUUAUAGAUUGUUUUCAAUGCAUGCAAAUUUUUCAGCCGGUUUAUCUCACUAACUUUUGUACAUAAUAUUGUGUAAUUUUGGUAUAUUUUGUGAUAGUUUUAGUUUAUGUAAAUCCAAAUACACUAAUGCCAGCUAAAAGUUUGGUUUAGGUUGAUACAGUCAUAAUGUUACUGCUACACGAUUGUAAGUUGUAAAAUAAAACUAUUUAUAAAUAACUGAGGGUUUCAGUUUACACCAAUACCCUCUUAUUUAGUGGUCAGCCAAUGUAAAUCAUAUUAUCGAAUGUUAAAUGUCUCAUAAACUUAAUAAAUUUAUUUUGACACAAUAUUUCGAAUUAACACAUUUAUGAUUUACAUUGCCUGAGGUCCAUAUUUCCAAUUCAAAUUUCAAAAUGAUAAAUCAGUUUUGAGCAUCCUCUAUGUGGCAUGAUUAAAUCAUGUAAAUGAUAAUUUUCUUCUUCAGUCAGAUAGCUAAAAAUCAGUUCAAACCUAAGAGCCCGCAUACGCCCUGUGCUGCGGGGCCAUUCCAACUGAAAAGUGACGCAGGAAUGCGCGCAACGCAACAAAAUUGAAAUCAAUAAGAUGUAACAUGCGCGUCCAAGCUCUCGCUCACCUCACACCACAAUCAUAUGAGCAUCCAAACAAUGUUUUUAAUUUUCUCUGAUUAUUAUCUAGUGGUCUAAACAGUCCAAAUGUUUGGUAGAACGAAGCAAUGUAAUCUGUCGCACAAAAUGAUCAUCCGCCUAAAUAACUUUUUGUAUAUUUUUAAUUUACGUCAAGGCACAAUUCUUAUUGCCGUCCAUCAGAUCGCACUAUCAUCUUUCGUACUUAUCAUAUUGCUCGUCGGAAUAUCGCAUCUGGGCGAGAUGUUGUCUAUGCUUCACAACGACAUGGAAGAUGACGCAGAAAGAAGAGGUUUCUAUGAGGUUGCAUACGGACAGGAGCUAACCUUCCACGAAGGAGACGUUGUCAGCACCAAUAAUCAGAGGCGGUUUGCGAAAGCACAGCAUCUUGCAUCAGUGACAGUAAUAUUCCUGUACACAAGUACGAUACUUACGUCCAUAUACCUAAUGUGCUGCAUCUCGUUACUCCACGGCGCUGUGAAGUACAAACGGGAGUACGUGCUGCCUUGGAUCAUGGCCGCGUGCGUGGCGGUGGCUCUGCUUAUAGUGGCCAUCGUGAUUGGCGACGGGUACCCUUGCGUCGUUAACUUGUUCGGGGGGCAUAACUUAUAUCAUUUCGGUUGCGCACUCUUCGUCCUAACUUUCAUCUACGCCAUUUGCGCUGUGAGCAGUUUCGCGUUGGAAACCGGCAGUGGGCGCUGCCGCAGCGCACGCGCGACCAGCGACGAGAGAGGAGAACGACUUCUUCUGCUAGACCAUGCGGCCCACUCGAGCCUUCUCUCCUCUGCACAGCUAUACAAGCUUUCCCAUGGCACGCGGUCGCAAUUCGUGUAAUUACGCUUCGUUAUUAGUAUUAUCACAAAGCAGUGAGGAUACAGAGAUAAAGCUUAUGACCAUGAAAUAUUGAAUCAAAUAUGCGGCAGUGGGUUACUGUAAAUUUUAACGCCUUUGCCUCUAUUGUACUAAGUAUUUAAGUUUGUGUUGUUUUAUAUGAGUUUGAUUAUAUCAUCAACUCUUCUUUCCCGUAGAUAUGAAAAAUAGGCGCUUCGUUCGCUGCUGAGAUCCUAAGUUCAAUUUCAUAAAUGUUUUCUUAGGUGCUACUUAGGUUUGAGAAGCAAUUUCUGUACUCUCAGUACUUUGAAAGGCUAUUGAUGAGUUUUUAAGCCUUCCGUCCGGCGAAUAUUAAAAUGUUUUACAGUAAAAGGCACUACAGAAAACAUAUUGUUAAAAGCAUAGUCAAUUAAUAAAAUUCUUUUAAGAUGGUAACUUAUAUUCAUCUUGUCUACAUAAUGUAGUUUGUUCAUUUAUAUAAAACAUAACAAUAUUUGUAAAAAAAAUAUAACAUGGCUUCUAGGCUCUAGUCUAGAGUAUAUUACAAUACAGCAUUACAAAUGUUUAUUAGAAAAACGUGAAAGAGAAACGU